AUGAAAGAAGACAAAAUUGUAUUAGAAGGGGGGAAAUUAAAAAAGAUAAAAGGGAUGAAAGAAAGAAGAAUAAGAGAGAAGAAAUACAUAGUGAGCAACAAGAAAGUUUGUAUAGAUAAAUAAAUGAAGGGAAAGCAUAAAAGAAACACAAAUAUUACAGAAAGCAAAAUAAGGGAUAUAUUAAAUUAAAAAAGAAGGAUAAAAGUAAUAAUAAAAAUGGCUAUUAAACCCGUUGCCCACAAGAAGAUCAUCAAGAAGAGAACAAAGAAGUUCGUUAGAUUCGAAAGUGAAGAUUUCGCUAAAUUAGAUUCUUCUUGGAGAAGACCCAGAGGUAUUGAUAACAGAGUUAGAAGAAGAUUCAGAGGCCAAAGAAGAAUGGCUAAGAUCGGUUUCGCCUCUGAUGCUGCCACCAAGCACUUACUCCCCAACGGCUUCAAGAAGUUCUUGAUUAGAAACCCCGCUGAUCUCGAAAUUCUCUUAAUGAACAACAGAACUUACUGCGGUGAAAUUGCUCACAAUAUUUCUGCUUAAGUUAAGGCUGCCUUAGUUAAGAGAGCUGCUGAACUCGGUGUUAGACUCACCAAUGCUAACGCUAAGGUCAAGGUCCAAGAAUCCGCUUGA